AAGCCCUGCCUAACUGGCCUUUUUCAGGUGGAAGGAGGCAGAAUGCUUCUCAGAAAUGAGAAAUUAUGGCUUGGCUUCCAUCUUUCCACAUUCCAGAAAGUUUGGCAUUGCAUUGCAAUGUAAUAGCCUUUAACGGUUGCAUUUAAACGCUUCGUGUUUUCUCGUAUUCCACAUUUCCAUGCUUCAGCCCUGAGGGGUGUGUGGUGAUCCAUACAGUGCAACUAGGGUCCUAUACAUCAUUAAAGCUACAAUCUUAGAACCUUUCCCAGAGCAACUUCUAUUGAACUCAGUAGGCUUUUGAGUGGGCCUGCAUAGUGCACUGUUAGUUGGAAGUUAGUUCUGCUGCUUUAGUGGAAAAGACUUCCUAACAAAUUGUAUGCAUGUGGAUGUAACCAAGUCCUGGCAUAUUUGUAUUUCUCUGUGAAAGUGUUAGGUGAGUCACACAUUAGCAGGAAGGAAAUGUUGACGAUUUUCACAGGAACAAGCAUCAACAAGAAUGAGAGCACAGAAGACAUCUUUGCUCUUUGCUCCCGUAAGAACAGACGGCUCUUCACUGGUUAAUGGUCGUAAUCCUGCAUCGCCAUACGUGAAAACUGUGAGUGCACUUGGGAGAAGCUGCCUGUGCUUCUUUUCCAUCCAGGAAGCUGCCUAAGACUGGUUGACAACAACAGCCGAAUAAUACUCUUACAGUUAUUAUUGUGUUACAUUUUCAUAGUGGUUAACUCUGGACCUCUUGAGAAGUUCAGGUGACCUUUGAGAGCAGAAAAAGAACCGGGAAGCAUUUCUGGUCCAGCUGGCCUGAUCCUCACGCACAAGAUACAACAAAACGAGUUUUCCAGUGCCAGUGAGCAAGUAAUUCAGUGGUGAAACCUCGCAAAUAAUGCAGAGAUUUCCAAAAGGGGUUCUUUGGGGCUCACGGACACCUAACAGUGGGAUUCAGGAAAAACAGGUGCUAUGAGACUUUCUGAGUGUGAGCCUGGUGAACUAUUUUAACUAGAUUCCAUGUUCUAAGGCCUGGCUGGAAAAUAAGGGCCGCCACAGCACACUGGAUAAGUAAGACUUGAGGGGUCAGCUUAAGGAAUAACAUCCCUACGCCAGAGUAAAGCAACUUUCUAGCUGUUAGUAUGGGCUAAGCAUGAGCAAGGUAAUGGCUGACAGGAAGCUGAACACAACAGAAAUGGAUUCAAGAUGUCUCCCAUUGGGAAAGUGCCUCCUGAGCUGUAGCAAUCUGCCAUGCGCCUUGGCGGGGAAUGUUUUCGGGUGGCAUGGCUGGAAGCAGGUUACAGGGAAUAAAGCAAGGAAGCUCCAAAGCUGCAAACAGGCGCAACCGGCGAAGCUUAAGGAUUUUCAUUUCCUCCCAUGAGAGUUGCCUUUGGUGGCUGAGAAGAUCAGUUUGUCUCCAGAACUAGCCAUGUAGAAGAUGCCGUCAAACAAAGGAGCAGGAUUGUGCCUUAAUACCUUCUAAGUAGAUUACCUUAGCAUUAAGUUUGUCCUUGUGUGCUUCUAGUUACAGACUGAUUAUUUUCUUGCCUCGCCACGCAUCAGAGUGCUCACUCGGAGUAAAGAAGGUAAGAAAAUUGAUUACAAUAUUGUGCUUAAAGCAAGUAUAGUGCUAGAAUAGGAUAGCAUAUUAAGGGAGAUUUCAAGAGGCCAUGCUUAGCUUGGUUAUUCUGUUCCUACCCUGCCUUUUAAGGCAAGCCUUCAUAAGGAGGCUUCUAAUCAGCUUGCUAAAACACGAUUACCGUACAUUCCAUCUGGAUAUAUCCAGCACACUCAAUCUUUUUAUUUACAUUGAUGGGUUUUUUAAAAGCUUUAUCUUCCUAUAUGUCCAAGCAGUUGGUAUGACACCCACCUUCCUGAACCUCCUUCCAAGAGCACCGUUGGGUUUUUUUCCAGAAAGAAAAGGAAAGAAGCAAACCUGUUUAAAUGUCCAGUUGUCUGGAAACCCUGCUUAAACAUAUGGUGGAUACAUACUCCCACUGUAAUACCAAGGUGUUUUUCUUGCUUAAUGUGGCUGUGCUUUUCUUGAGAUUAAAAGACUUGUCCUGCCUUCAGCUGUAGAGUAUAUAUUAUUUAAGAUGCUGUUAAGUACCAGGAAAAGCUUUCUGCCACUCUUUGUAGCAUCUGCCUGUCUUCUUUUCUACUCUCUGCCAGCGCUCGCAACUAGCAACCAUGUGUGACCAGACCUUUUUGGCCAAUGUAUUUGGCCCAUGUGACAAUUGUUCCAAAGAGAGGCCCCUUCGGGAGAUUUAUCGCAAGUCUGAAAAACUCAGCUACUGCUCGCUCUGUGUGGAAAUGAUGGCAACCGAGGGGCUGCAGGAGAACGAGACCCUGGCCUCGCUGAAGAACGAGGCCGAGAGCCUCAAAGGCAAGCUGGAGGAGGAGCGAGCCAAGCUGCACGAUGUGGAACUUCAUCAGGUGGCGGAGCGAGUGGAGGCUUUGGGUCAGUUUGUAAUGAAGACACGAAGGACGCUGAAAGGACAUGGCAACAAAGUGCUCUGCAUGGACUGGUGCAAAGAUAAGAGGAGGAUCGUCAGCUCUUCUCAGGAUGGGAAGGUCAUUGUUUGGGAUGCCUUCACAACCAAUAAGGAGCAUGCUGUGACGAUGCCUUGCACUUGGGUGAUGGCAUGUGCUUACGCCCCAUCAGGAUGCGCCAUUGCUUGUGGUGGCCUGGACAACAAAUGCUCCGUUUAUCCACUGACGUUUGAGAAGAACGAGAACAUGGCAGCCAAGAAGAAAUCAGUCGCCAUGCAUACCAACUACCUGUCGGCUUGCAGCUUCACUAACUCAGACAUGCAGAUCUUGACUGCUAGUGGGGAUGGCACUUGUGCACUCUGGGAUGUCGAAAGCGGGCAGCUCCUGCAGAGUUUUCACGGCCACGGGGCAGAUGUCUUGUGCCUGGACCUCGCUCCCUCCGAAACCGGGAACACGUUCGUGUCGGGGGGGUGUGAUAAAAAAGCCAUGGUCUGGGACAUGCGGACUGGCCAGUGUAUUCAAUCCUUUGAAACCCACGAAUCGGACAUUAAUAGUGUCAGGUACUAUCCAAGUGGAGAUGCCUUUGCGUCCGGCUCGGAUGAUGCCACGUGCCGUUUGUAUGACCUCCGAGCAGACAGAGAAGUGGCCAUUUAUUCCAAGGAGAGCAUAAUCUUUGGGGCAUCCAGUGUGGACUUCUCUCUUAGUGGCCGCUUGCUUUUCGCUGGUUACAACGACUACACCAUAAACGUGUGGGACGUACUGAAAGGGUCACGGGUAUCUAUUUUGUUUGGCCAUGAGAACCGCGUUAGCACUUUGAGGGUCUCGCCUGAUGGGACGGCGUUCUGCUCUGGAUCGUGGGAUCACACUCUGCGAAUCUGGGCUUGAUCUACAGCGCUGUUUUCAAAUAUGCAUUAAAAUUGACAUCGUGGGAUAAAACCCCCAAGUGAAAAUUCAAUUUUGGGGGGGAAAAGCUACCACAAAGAUACAAAAUGCAACAAGGUGAUAUUCAAAAGAUUAUUGAAUGCUACAUUGUCAGUGUUUAUCAUGUUGUUGCCCAAACACAAGUACUCUUAGCUAGAAAAGGUAAAUAUUAUUUUAUCAUAUGGGUGGUGGUGGGGGAAAAUCUGUGUGUGGUAUAAUAAUAAGCUGUUUUUAUUCUGUUUUUGAAACUACCUUUUUUCUUAGAAAUAGUUUAAUAAUUUUAAAGUCAGACUUCUAUUGAAAUGACCUGUAAAACAGAAUUUAGUAUGAUAGUGCACAUUAUCUAAUAUAGGUAAUAUUUGCAUGACAUUCCAUUUCUUCCUAAAAAUCAACGUGGAAAUAAAACAGACUCCAGCUUUUUAUCAGGGUAUCUACAGGCUCAUUUGCACAUUCCACAGAAGCAGCAAGAGAGAAAAUUUGAGUCACACUCUUCCAUUCCCCAACCCUCUGGACCUGACGUAUCAAAAGGAGAUCAAAAGCGAUAGGUGUAGUGUUUGCCACCUUCAGCCUGAUACCCACUGGAUGUGUUGUGCUGCAAGUCUCAUCAUUCCCAGCAAGCAUGGCAUGAUGGGAAUUGCAGUCCAGCAUGCCUGGAGAGCACUAGGUUGGGAAAAGCCGAGUUAGUUUGCCAGAGUGAGACUGGGGUUGACUCUCUACCCAGCUGUGGGUCUCUUUAGGGGGUCUUGGCCUGGUCACUCCCUCUUAGCCUAGCCUACCUCACAGAGUCGUUGUGAGAAUAAAGUAGGGUAAGGGGGAUGAUGUACACUGCCUUGAACGUGUUGAAGGAAGGGUGGGGAAAAGUAAUGUAUUCUGAUGAGAAAGGACACAACCCACGUGCGGGCCAGGGUGUUGGCAUGCGCAUGAGGCAGUGGCACAGCACGCCGCCUCUUUCUGCCACGGGAGACUCCAGUACAUGGGAAGAGAAAGCCCGGCACACUCAGCCCUCAGCCCUCUUCCUGCUUUUCUGGAAUGUACAACUCAGACCUGACUCUUGAAACAUUCCUCAGUUGAGCACUAAAUGCAAAGCUAAAAAAUAAAGUGCAAUUCAGGAUAAUUGAGAUCAGUGGGUUUUGGGGGCGUUUGUUCCUCUUGGGUGGGAGAUAUGGAUUUUGCCCGGUGUUGUUGAUUGUUACUUGACCUUGUAACUGAGUUGGAAAUUAGGCCACUGUGGACUCCAGCUCCCAUCAACCCUGCCAGCAUGGACACUGAUUAGGAAUAAUGAGUCAUAGCAGAGCAACAUGGGUGGGGACCCAGGUUUCCCACACCUGAGCAAGGGAUAGAUCUUUCAAAUACUUAGGUCCAAGAAUGUAAGCAAGGACACUAUUCCCCCGUCUCUUAACCAUGCCUAAGAGAUCGCAGAAACACUGGUGUUUAUUGCAACGCUUCGCUCAAUCAAACCAUCAUGCAAUCCUGUACAUGUCUACUCAGUGGUAAAAUCCAUUGAAUUCACUGGGACUUACUCUUAAGUAAAUGUGUAUAGGAUUCUAACCUUAACGAAGUUAGCAUUUUUGUAAGUAUUUCCAAGAUCAGUUCCUACAGAGUCAACAAAUUAAUCUGCUUGAAGGUUCUAGAUAUUAUAUAAAUGUCUUGUGUUUCUUUCUUUUGGUAAGAAAAAUUCUUUUUAUUUUUAAAAUGUUUUUAGAUUCAGCAGUUUAAUUUAUGUAUUUAAUAACUGAAGUGGCUUUUCAACAGAAAGCUAAAUUGAAGCAAAUAGCAGUUUUAUAUAUGUGUUUGUGAGAUACUAGUCAGAAAGUUCCUUGGAAAGAUUAAAUCGUAUCACUGGAGCUAUUUUAAAUGCAUAACAUAAUAGUAUGUGCUGGGUACCAACCAGACCUAUUUAUGAGUUAGCCACACUGGAGUCACCUGCACUGAAUUUAUGUAAACGUGAGAUUUUUCAUGACCAAUGGACAUGAAUGGCUCCAUGGCAAAACAAGGUCUGCUAAGGGGAAUUCAUAUGCAGAUGGACCUAGUAAAGAUCUGUGCACCCCAGCUGGUUUUAAGAGAAUGUAUGAACUCCGGCUGCUCAGACACGCAGGAGCUCCAGAUGGAAAAGGGUAGAAGAGGAGGGAGAAAACAGCUGCUCCAUCAUCUUCUGCCUCCCUGCAGGUUGCAACCCUGCCUACCAAGAGCAUGGAGCGCUAAAUGAUCAUCAGAGUUAUGUGUCCCUUGAUAGAGAAAGCUUUCCCACUCUUCUGCACAGCCUUUGAUGGGUAGACACACCCAGUGCAAACUCAACUGUGCUGCAGACAAGUUGAUUCUCCCCUGCCUCCAUGAGCUCACCCUGGGAGAGGAAGCAUGUUUGUUCUGAAUGCUGUGAGGGCUGAAGGUAUUGCUUAAACCAGUGCAUGUGCUCUUCAAAAGUUCUGUCUAUGUGCAGGAGUGGAGAACUUCAGCCAUUCAGAAGGUUUGACUUGCAGCUCCCAUCCUGUUUCGCCAUGGGCUAUGCUGGUGCUGAUGGAAGGAAAAGGUCAAAAUUUCUGGAGGGCCACAGGUGGCCAGCCUGGUGUUAGGGAGAUCUUCUGAGAUGAUAGAAACCAUGUCUUACAUUUGCUUCCAUCCUAGAAUGAAAUUACUGGCCUUUGGUAGUGGUAGAGGAGCAAGCAAACAGAAAUUUGCUAGCCAGACGGUCCGUUUUUGUUUUUAUGGUAAUAUUCAUUUAGAAGGGUGCAAAUACUUAAACCAGAUGGUUAUUUUGUUCUUGAAGAUUUCUAGCUGUGUAAGCCAAGACGUAAUAUAGGUGAUGUUCCAUCAUUACACGGGAACAUCUCAAAUCUUCUACAACCCUUAAUGGUUCACUGCCCUCAUUUUCUGUUUUGAAGACUGUGCUUUGCAACGUCCGUGGCAAAUUUACGCCUGCAACCAAUUCAAUGCACUAUAAAAACUGUAAAUGUUAAGAGCUCAUCGUGCAAUACCAAGUUGACACGCUGCACACUUGGGGUUAGGCAGUAUUUAUUGAUGAGAUGUUUUGAGUUUUGAAUGGAAUACAUUGUGUUGAUACUUGUGAGUGGCCUCACUAUAAUAAAUUGUAUUUUACAUACUGUGGGA